AUGGGCGACAAAUUUCCCUCUGGCUCCCGCUUCCCACCACCACCCGAGAUGCCGAGCUUUCUCUCACAUCCCUGGAACAUCCCCCGGCCCCUGACUCGCUCUUUCGAUCACUCAUCCCGCGGCUUCGACUCGCGCUCGCCGACCCCAGAAACAUCGGCGCCAGCUCGAGAAGAAGACGUGGCACCCAGUCCCCUCCUAUCGGAUCGUCGCAAACGCUGCCGCACUCUCGACAGUGAUGAAGACGCUUGCGAGUCGCCUGCAACAGAAGAACCACAUGACGACCCUGCAGAACUGGAAACCAAGAAGCGCCGGAUGCUCAGCGAGGACGGGUCGUCGGCCGACCGUGCCGACGUUCGGAUACGCACCAUCGGCGCAGAUGACCGAGGGGGGACCAGCCAUGCGCUCACGCGUCCCGGAGGGGGAGUCACUUCCCACUCGCACGGCCUCUCCCGGGAACCUGCCGAGGUCGGGGAACGUCCAGCGUCCCCCCGCACGUCCAAGUCUCCUCAAAAGUCUGGUCGCCCGUUGAGGAUGUCUGCAGGGACGAAGGCGGCAAGCUUGCCCAAGCCCUACGCCUUCCUCUCUUCCGCUAUCCGCCGCGGUCAAGUGCGAGUAUCCGGAAUCCCCGACGUUGCUCGCUCCUGGGACUGCGCGCGUUCCCGCUCCGUUCGUCCCGGAUCCUCCGGCAUACUCCCGCCUCCACUUCCUCCCAGCUCGCCGCCCCCACUCGCUUCGCUCCCGUCGGACACGCUGGUGCUUUCCGCACAGCCGCGUCCCAAUGUUUCAACACCACCCCCACCAUCGCUUCCUCCAGAACCAUCGCGAGGGCCUGCGCAACCCGACCGCCUCGCACCCGCGCCGCCUUCUCCUACAGCACCCGCCCCCGCACCAGGCCACCACCCGGAGUCGGACGAAGUUUCCAGCUUCUGCGCGGCGAUCGGGCUGGCCGAGGACGUCGCCGCGAAGCUGCGCGGGCUGGGCAUCACCUCCGACGCGCGCAUCCGCGCGCUGGGCCGGGCGUCGGCGUCGGCGCGGGCGGAGCUCCAGUGCGCGCUGGAGGAGGCCGGGCUGGACUGGACCGCGCGGCUGCUCGUCGUGGACGGCAUCGCGCUGUACGCUGGUUCUGUUGCUGGGGGAGCACCCGCGCAGGGACCGGGGACGUGA